AUGUACGAGGAACUGGGGGACAAAGGCGGGGAGAAAAAGUUAUUCCGACUGGCCAAGACAAGAGAGAGGAAGGCUCGGGAUCUGGAUCAGGUGGUAGAAGUGAGGGUGAGGAGGACGGUGUCUAUAUCCAAUAACCAGUUCGGGUUCAUACCGGGUUAUUCGACUACAAAAGCUAUCCACCUUAUUAGGAGGUUAGUGGAGCAGUACAAGGAUAGGAAGAAGGAUUUGCACAUGCUGUUUAUUGACCUGGAGAAAGCGUAUGACAAGAUCCCUAGAGAGAUUUUUUGGAGAUGCCUGGAGGCUAAAGGUGUGCCGGUUGCCUAUAUUAGGACGAUUAAGGACAUGAACAAAGUGGAGAAUGUGGAAUAUGAUGCUCAGACUACGGACCUGUUGAGGCAAAUAAUGGAGCAAACUCAAUUUUUAAUGGAGCAAACUCAUGAACAUCAAAAAGAGAUGGAAAAUGUCAAGGUCACAAUGAAGAGAAUGAAGGCCAAAGUAGAAGAAUGGUUUGAAACAUUCGAUGAUCAACAAGUUGCAGCCUUAGUUGAUAGUCACGAAGAGCUUAAAAUUGGAGAAGAGAGUGAGUUCCAGCAAGAGAAAUUUUUUGAAGAAGAUGAGAUUUUGAGCCAAACUUGGCUAAUGGAACAAGCUGAAUGA